AUGUCGGAUGGUCAUACGCAGAUGGUGCUGGGGACGGUUGAGGCCGGUGGUUCCCUGUCCGCACAGCUGCCCUCCGCUUUCGACCAUCAUCAGCGACAACCCUUUUGCAGCGACCGGGAAGGCUGGGGUCCGGUCAGCUUGAAUGGCUUCUACCUCACUUCCUGCUUCGUAGAUGUUGUUGUGGCCGUUGUCGCCGUCUGGGGCACAGUUGCCGGUCUCGCAGCAUUGUGGCUUCUUUUGAAGAAGCGUACGGAGCAGCCGGUUGCAAAGAAUUGGCAUUUCUACGCCAAAUUGGUCGUGCUCGCCGGUCUGAUCGCUGUCACCGCUCUGCAGGCUGCUUUGCUAGCUGAAAGUCAACCAAAGCAAUUCUUCGCCGACUUCCAGUUCUGGUCCUCGAUCGGGGCGCUCAUAUCGCUGGGCGUGAUAUUCUCGGUGCAAUACUAUGAGCAUUGGCGCAGUCGGCAGCCCAACGGUGUUGUCCUGUUCUACUGGCUCUUCUUCAUCAUUGCGUAUGCCAUCAAGCUGCAAUCAUUCGUCUCCCAGAAGACUUACUUGCACUUCCUGCCGUACUUCAUCUGCAUCAACAUCUCCCUCGGACUUGCACUGCUGGAGUUCGUCCUGGAAUACUUCGUCCCCAAGAAACAGAGCGCAUAUGACGCGCUCGGCGACGAGGACGAAUGUCCAUACAACUAUGCCGACAUCUUUUCAGUCCUCACUUUUGGCUGGAUGACCCCGCUCAUGAAGUUCGGCUACAAGAACUACUUGACCCAAGACGACCUUUGGAAUCUCCGGCGCCGUGACACCACCAGAGUAACAAUGGAUGAUUUGAACGAGGCAUGGAAGGUGGAACUUGAAAAGAAGAGUCCUUCACUGUGGCUGGCAUUGUUCAAGGCCUUUGGCGGUCCCUACAUACGCGGUGCAAUCAUCAAAUCCGGCAGUGAUGUUCUCGCAUUUGUGCAGCCACAGCUUUUACGAUACUUGAUUACGUUCAUCGACUCGUAUCGGAGCCCGGAUCCACAGCCCGUUAUUCGUGGCGUGGCUAUCGCUCUAGCCAUGUUCGUGGUCUCAGUCUGCCAGACUAGUUGCCUUCAUCAAUACUUCCAGCGUGCCUUUGACACUGGUAUGCGGGUGAAGUCAUCCCUCACCGCGUUGAUCUAUUCUAAGGCCUUGCGGCUGUCGAGCGAGGGCCGCGCAUCGAAGACAACAGGUGACAUUGUCAACCACAUGGCUGUUGACCAACAGCGUUUGUCUGACUUGACUCAAUUUGGCACUCAGCUGUUGUCGGCUCCUUUCCAAAUUGUCCUGUGCAUGGUGUCACUUUACCAGCUCGUGGGUGUCAGCAUGUUCGCUGGUGUUGGUGUCAUGAUCCUCAUGAUCCCACUCAACGGUAUUAUUGCUCGUUUGAUGAAGAAGCUCCAGAUCACUCAGAUGAAGAACAAAGAUUCAAGGACUCGGCUGAUGACCGAAAUCCUAAACAACAUGAAGAGCAUCAAGCUGUACGCUUGGAACACCGCAUUCAUGAACAAGCUCAGCCAUAUUCGAAAUGAUCUGGAGCUCAACACCCUUCGCAAGAUUGGUGCGACGCAGAGUAUUGCGAACUUCACCUGGCAGUCAACUCCUUUCCUCGUUUCCUGCUCCACAUUCACCGUGUUUGUCUUGAUUAGCGACAAACCUUUGACCACAGACAUCGUUUUCCCUGCUUUGACCUUGUUCAACCUUCUGACAUUCCCACUCUCCAUAUUGCCAAUGGUCAUCACCUCAGUCAUUGAAUCCACCGUGGCAGUGAAGCGUCUGGUGGACUACUUCACCGCAGAAGAACUCCAAACCGACAGCGUCAUCUGUCAAGAUCCCGUCGAGCAUGUUGGUGAUGAAUCCGUUCGUAUCCGUGAUGCGACGUUCACCUGGGAUCGUUACUCCCCGACACCUGCUCUCAAGAAUAUCGACUUGAGCGCUCGUAAGGGCGAGCUCACCUGUAUCGUGGGUCGCGUCGGUGCCGGCAAGUCUUCUCUACUGGAGUCAAUUCUCGGAGAACUCUGGAAGACUCAGGGUGAAGUGGUUGUUCGCGGUCGGAUUGCGUAUGUCGCACAGUCACCUUGGAUCAUGAACGCCAGUGUUCGGGAAAACAUUGUAUUCGGACACCGCUGGGAUCCUGCGUUCUACGACCUCACGGUUGAAGCUUGUGCUUUGCUCGACGAUUUCAAGAUCAUGCCCGACGGUGAUCAGACCGAGGUCGGAGAGCGUGGUAUCUCGCUCUCAGGUGGUCAAAAGGCUCGAUUGACCCUCGCACGUGCGGUGUAUGCUCGCGCGGAUAUCUAUCUCCUCGACGAUGUCCUAUCUGCCGUUGACCAGCAUGUCGGGCGUCAUAUCAUCAACAAGGUGCUUGGCCACACUGGUAUCCUGAACGGAAAGACCAGAAUCUUGGCAACAAACGCGAUUACUGUACUCAAAGAGGCCGACUUCAUUGGUCUUCUCCGUGAUAAGACCAUCAUCGAAAAGGGUACCUUUGAGCAGCUGAUGGCGAUGAAAGGUGAAGUCGCGAACCUGGUGCGCACAAACUUGGCUGAGAUGGACGACGAGCAGUCGCCCAGUGUUUCGGAUGAAAGUUUGAUCAGUCCUGAUUCGUCAGAAACGGCUUUGAUCGAGACUGGUGAAGGGUCCGACACCGAGGAAAUAGACCAGCCCGGUUCCCUUGUUCCCAUCCGCAGCCGUGGUGAUGCUCGCAGAACCAGUAUGGUGACCUUACGGCGCGCAAGCACAGCGACUUGGCAUGGGCCCCGUCGCAAGCUUCAUGACGAAGAGAACGUCCUGAAGAGCAAGCAGACUCAAGAAACCUCCCAGCAAGGGAAGGUCAAGUGGGGUGUCUACGCUGAAUACGCGAAGAAUAGCAAUCUCGUCGCUGUCACAUUCUACUUCCUGACACUCUUGGCUGGACAGACUGCCCAAGUUCUUGCCAACUAUUGGCUCAAGAACUGGACUGAUUAUAACGAGACUCAUGGUCGCAAUCAACAAGUAGGCAAAUUCAUCGGUGUGUAUCUUGCCUUCGGCCUCGGGUCGUCUCUGAUGGCUAUUGUUCAAAACUUGAUACUUUGGAUCUUCUGUUCGAUUGAAGCGUCGCGUAAAAUGCACGAGCGCAUGGCGCAUGCGAUUUUCCGCUCACCAAUGAACUUCUUCGAGACUACGCCCUCCGGUCGUAUUCUCAACAGAUUCUCCAGUGAUAUAUACCGCGUUGACGAGGUGCUCGCUCGCACCUUCAACAUGCUGUUUGCCAACUCGGCUCGUGCAAUCUUCACCAUGGGGGUGAUCUCAUCUUCUACGCCUGCUUUCUUGCUGCUAGUGGUUCCACUGGCCUGGGUUUAUCUUAGCUACCAGAAGUACUACCUUCGAACAUCCCGAGAGCUGAAGCGUCUUGACUCAAUCACUCGGAGUCCGAUUUACGCACACUUCCAGGAGUCGCUCGGUGGUAUCUCAACCAUUCGUGCUUACCGUCAAGAGAAUCGAUUUGCUCUUGAGAAUGAGUGGCGCAUGGACGCGAACCUGCGCGCAUACUUCCCGUCGAUCAGUGCCAACCGCUGGCUCGCUGUUCGCCUCGAAUUUAUUGGCUCUGUGAUCAUUCUGGCCUCCGCUGGACUUGCCAUCAUCGCCGUGGCGACCGGAAGCCCGCUCUCGCCUGGCAUCGUUGGUUUGGCCAUGUCCUACGCUUUGCAAAUCACACAGUCACUGAACUGGAUUGUUCGUCAAACUGUUGAGGUGGAGACCAACAUUGUCUCUGUUGAGCGCGUGCUCGAAUACGCGAACCUACCUUCAGAGGCCCCUGAUGUCAUUUUCAAGCGCCGACCGGCUGUGGGCUGGCCUGCCCAGGGUGCUGUCUCAUUCCAAAACUACAGCACUCGAUACCGCGAGGGCCUGGACUUGGUUCUCAAGGACAUUAAUUUAGAUAUCAAGCCUCACGAAAAGAUCGGUGUGGUGGGAAGAACCGGCGCGGGCAAGAGCUCGCUUACCCUUGCUCUGUUCCGCCUCAUCGAGCCAUCCAGUGGUACGAUCAGCAUCGAUGGACUGGAUGUCACUACAAUUGGAUUGUUUGAUCUUCGCGGCCGCCUGGCCAUUAUUCCACAGGAUCCAGCAAUGUUCGAGGGUACUCUACGUGAUAAUCUUGACCCCCGUCAUGUUCACGACGAUACGGAACUGUGGAGUGUUUUGGAUCAUGCGAAGCUCAAGGACCAUGUCGCAAGUAUGGAAGGUCAACUGGACGCACAAGUCCAGGAAGGAGGUUCCAAUCUCAGUCAAGGUCAACGCCAGCUAGUGUCUUUGGCACGAGCACUUCUCACCCCCAGCAACAUCCUGGUACUUGAUGAGGCAACGGCCGCUGUCGACGUCGAGACCGACGCGCUGCUUCAGCGCACUUUGCGCAGCAACAUUUUCCAGGAACGAACCAUCAUCACUAUUGCGCACCGCAUCAACACCAUCAUUGAUUCGGAUAGGAUUAUUGUUCUUGACAAGGGCCGAGUUGCAGAGUUCGACACCCCGGCCAAUCUUAUCAAGUCAAAGGGCCGUUUCUUCGAGCUUGCGAAGGAGGCAGGAUUGCUCGAUGGCGAUAACAUUGCCAGCUCCUCUCCGGGUGCAGAAUAA